AGCUCAUCCACGACGCACCGAACAGCAAUGGCCACGUUCCUGGGAAGCUCACCGGCGCUCCUCGCCCGUCCCAUCGCCAAGCCCCACAUCUCCUGCGCGCAGACACCGCGGCCGCCAAGCGCCCAGAACCAGCCGCCGUCCAGCGAGCAACCGCAAGCACAAACACAGCAGCAGUCCGUGCAAGCGCAGCCACAGCAGGCGACGGCGAGGCCGAAGCGCGCGGGCGGCGCGGACUCCACGGACUGGGUGGCCUCGUCGCUGACGCGGCGGUUCGGGAUCGGCGCGGGGCUGGCGUGGGCCGGCUUUCUGGCCGUCGGCGUCGUGUCCGAGCAGCUCAAGACCCGCUUCGAGGUCGCGCAGCAGCAGGCCAACACCAAGGACGUGGAACAGGAGCAGGAGGUCGUCCUGCCCAACGGGGUCCGGUACUACGAGAUGCGCGUCGGCGGCGGCGACGUCCCGCGGCCGGGCGACCUGGUGGUGAUCGACCUGCAGGGCCGGGUGGCCGGCAGUGGCGGCGGCGGGGAGGCGUUCGUGGACACGUUCGUCGACGGCAAGCGGCCGCUGGCGCUGGUGAUGGGCUCCCGGCCGUACACCAGGGGCAUGUGCGAGGGCGUCGAGUACGCGCUGCGCUCCAUGAGGGCCGGCGGCAAGCGGCGGGUGGUCGUCCCGCCGGGCCUCGGGUUCGGCGACGACGGCGCCGACUUCGGGGAGGAGCACGUCCAGGUCCCGCCCGGCGCGACGCUCGAGUACAUCGUGCAGGUCGACAGGGUGUCCAUCGCGCCGGCGUGAGGCGGCAGUAGAUAGAUCGCAGUCCUGUGGUGUUCUGAUCUUUAUUCCAUGGCUCGGCUCGGUUCUUCUGUA